CACAGUUUUGCCAAAGACAUUUAAGUGUAUUGUCACCUUUAGUUAGAAAUAAAUGCUUAAUUACAAGAAUUGAUUCUUGUGUUUUAAUUAUUGGGAUGCUUUUGCAAAAUCGUGUUAGUAGUUUGGGAUGAAUUAAGUGAAAAGUGAAAAAAGCGGAUUUCGUGUCUUGUAUUACAAAGUGUUUUUUUUUGUUUUUUGUUUAUAUGCAAAAUAAUAUGAAUAAACACUGGAAGGCAGUAAAUAUUUGUGUUUGGAGGGUGUUUACAUAUCAGGAAAUACAAAGCUAGCCCUACUCAUGUCUAUGAGUGACGAGCGGUUGCCCCUUUUAAGGGCCCCACUUCGUGGUCUGAUUGGUCAGAAUGUUGAGAACUGCAGUUAUCAGAGUUUCCUACCAGAAUUAGCUUUGGUUCAAGAUGACAUCCGACAGCUUAAGGAGAGUCUCGCCUCCAAGGGUGACGGCAAAACCAUCAGCAUCGCUGAGCUGGAGCAUGCCCUCAGUAAAACUGAACAGGGGUUACAGGAGAGGGCCGAGCAGAUGCUCAGUCAGCUGAACAACCGUGUGCAGACCCUGCCCAGCGCCGAUGCCAUCCAGCCCCCAGGCUUCAUGACCCUGGAGACCACCUGGGACCUCCGUAAACAGACCCGCACCCAACAGAGGGUCGAGAUGAGCAACAACGCCUAUGUGUCCAGGGACAGACUGCGGCAGCCGGUUCCCCCAGGCGCAGCCCCUCUACUGCCCCUGCGUAAGGGGGAGAGCACUCAGCUCCAGGGCCUGACCCCAGGGCAGCAGAGCAAGCAGGCCCUGGCCUUGAGGGUCAUGUACAACCCCCAUAGUCAGGCCAACAGAGGCGUCCUCAAUGAGAACUUUGGCAUCCAGCUACCUCUCAUACCCCAGUCUAAGGAGAAGAAGCCUGCCCCUAAGCCUCUGAUGGGCAGCACCAUUGAACACCUAGCAGUCCUGCCCAAGGCCAACAGAGUUGAUGCACAGCUUGCCCCUCCCCCAAUAACGGAGGAUGAUGCAAGGAAGGGAAUCCUCAGCCUCAUUGAGCGGGGUCUGAUCCCUCCAGCGGCCCAGUUGACCCUUGACCCCUCCCCAGUGAAAAACAAGAUCAUGCUUCUCCAUGAUCCAGAGGAUAGAAACAAGCCUCCCUGCACGCCAGAAAUAGCUCCAGCUUUAGCAGGUGUAAGGCUUGAUCUUUCAAGCAAGACCUUUGAGACGGUUCAAGAGACGAUGGCAAGAAUGCCAGUAAUCCCCCCUCACCCUCAGUCCCUGCCCAGUGGGGGCGUGAGUCGAACAAUGUCGGGAAAAUCACGUGGUACCUCAGCCUCGUCUAGUCAAAAGGCAAAAACUCCGGCAACUGUGAAAACUUACGAAAUGCCUCUUCAGCCUUUGCCAGGGCUGUCAGAUUUAGUUGUAGCGCCUCCCCCAACAACUCCAGCCAGCGGUGAUUUCAAGAUGAUCUCCCACAGGUUUGCCGUACAGAACGGCAGAAUACGAGACACUUCCUCCGAGUUCCUGUCCUUCAAACAGCACUACUGUCUGACCUGGGGAAGCAUCGUUACCACGCUGAAGCAUAUGGAGAAGAUGCUGUCCAACUUUGCAGUACCAGUAGCAUUUAUUAAUGGUGACAGGCUUGCUGACCUGGCUGAGGAGUUUGAACUGGAACAGCCGCCCAGUCUGGAUGACCUGCUGUCCUGCAUCGUGAAUAGAGACGAUGUGGAGAACAUCAUCUACAAACCAGGUCGAAGAUUCAAAGGCCCCAACGGUCGAGACAUAGCAUCGGCCAAGAUCCAGGCGACGUGGAAGAUGUACCGUGAGAGGAGCACGUAUCUGGAGUACCGCCGCAGGAAGUGGGCUGCAGGCGUCAUUGCCAUCUCGUGGAUUAUGCAUAUCAAGAUGGCCAAGGUGCGACAUCAGUUGAAACAGGUCCGCCUCGACAAUCUGGAGGCAUUCAGAAGAAGAGCAAAGAAAUUUGCCAUGUCCUGGGACCGCAUUAAGAAGUCCAAGCGUGUAGUGAUACACAUUCCUUCUCUGGGUCUCAACCAGGAGAUACGCGACAGUAUUCAUGACUUUGGAAUUCGCCAGAACACUCAGAUGGCGCGUCUGUGUGAUAUACGAGACCCGAAUGUAGACGUGAUAUUUGUGUCGCCGGUUCCCCUUAGUGAGGAGACACUCCAGUAUUACUCCAAGUUGCUGGGACUUAAGUCAGCCAUUGACUCAGGCAAUGUGGAGGACCAGGGAGAGUUCAGUGACCGAUACAAGAUCAUCGUUCCUGAGGCUAUUAAGAGCUUCCCAACCCACAGAAUGUGCCUGUCCUCUCUGCUGAAGUACAGCCCCCAAACCCUGCUGCGUAUCAAGAACCUUAUCAAGGGACGCGAGGCAUACAUCAUGACUAACAUGCCUCACAUUGAUGACCUUGACAUCGCCAACUAUCUUGACGUGCCAAUAUUUGCACCUGAGCCUGAGGUCGCUCACCUGUACUCAACAAAGUCUGGCUGUAAGAGGAUAUUUGCAAGUGCCAAGGUUGACAUGCCACCUAGCGAGUAUGACAUCUACAGCCUUGGUCUGUUGCAUGAGAGCAUGUCCCAGCUGAUCACAGAGAACCUGAACGUGAAGCGCUGGCUCUUCAAGCUUGACGACGAGUUUGACGGGCGUGGCAUAGCAUACUGCGACGUGCCCGAACACCUCCGAUGUUACAGCUGGGCCCUUAAGGAGGAGAAAAGAUAUGGGGAUAAGUGGUCCAAGAAAUGGGCACAGGAACCUGUUUUCAUCAAGAUAUUGUCAGAAAUACAGGAACUGUUAGAAAACCAUGCUACCCCAGUAAAUACAAAAGUUUAUCCCACCUGGGAAAAGUUCCUGGCAUCUUUCUUGAGCAAAGGUGGAAUAAUAGAAGCAUGUCCACCCUCGGACAGCAUCACAACGCUUACAGUGGACAUGUUGAUAGAGCCGAAUGGUGCGACCAGCAUGGUGAGCUGCGGAGACCAGAUCCAUGCAGACACACCGUUCUCUUGCUGGGGAGUCUCUGUGCCGCAAGCUUCUGUUGAGCCAGAUCUGCUCAACAACGCAUGUUUGCACAUCGCAGACGCUUGCAAGUCAAGAGGGAUAAUGGGCUACUUUGCAAUUGAUUUUGUCACCUUCAUUAACCCCAAGACAAUGGAGCAGAAGUUCUGGGCCCUGGACAUCAGCCUGCAGUACAGCGACAGCCUGGCCAUGUUCCAACUGAUGUCCUUUGUCAGUAACGGCACACUCAACACCAAGACCCAUGUGUUUGAUGUGCCGCCACCGAGACAGGAGGCCAAAAAACGCAGGAGAAGGCUGCAUGGACAAGAUGAGGAGCAACCACCCAAUACAAACCGGUUUGCAGUCAUGAGUACACGUCUUCUGCACACAAACCUCUCAGUAGUUCACUACAGCGUGUUUUUCCAGAUGUGUCGAGCUCAUGGCAUUGGAUAUGACAUCAAGGAGAAACAAGGGACUGUAUUUACACUCAUUGACAGCUUUAACAGAGAAAAGCUUGGAAUGCUAACUAUAGGGGAGACGCUACAAGGUGCUCUUGCCAGUUUUGCCAGGAAUCUGUCUGUGAUUCACCAAGAAAUCUCGGCCCCGAAUAUGCAAGGCGAUACAAACUUUCAACGUGCAAUAACUGACAUAGAGGGCAUUCUGGGUACGACCAUACAGAACGCCGACGAGGAAGAACCCUCAUCUGACCCCCAGUGACUCACUUCCUGUUAGGGGCAGGGUUGAAAUAUUGGGAUGUUUACUUGACAUCCGUUUGUUGGUUAACUUAAUUGUUAUGUAAAUUGCAUUUUAUGUUGAAAAUUUAACUAUUCAAACAAUGAAGAAAAAAUGUGUAUAUGUAUAAAUAUUAUCAUUUGUUAUUGUUUUGUACAAAAUAUCUGAUAAUGUAAACAAUUAUGUUUAGGUAAUGAUUAUUGUUACUUGGUUAUUUUGAUGACAUUAUUGAAUGUCCAUUGCUGUAUGCAGUAUUAUUUUAGCGGUUUAUGAUUCUUGUGUAGGCAGGAUAUUUCUGCUGUUGUAUUAGUAGUAUAUUAUUCUAAAUUGCUUUUUUUCCCUACCGGUUUCACCGGAGGGGACAUAUGGUUUGCGCUCUGUGUGUCUGUCAGUCUGUCAGUCCGUGAGCCUGUCAUACUUUUCUGGAUCCUGCGAUCACGUUAAAAGUUCUUAAAAAUUUUUUUCAUGAAUCUUGAAACAUGGAUAGAUGGCAAUAUGGACACUACGCAUGUCAUUUCAUUUUGUUCCUAUGUCAAAAAUUCUGGUUGCUAUGGCAACAUAUAAUUAAAAAAAUCGGACAAUGGUGGAGCUGGUAGGGGACAUAUAUUGCUUGGCAUUAGUCUCGUUUGAUAAAUGUUUUAAUACAUGGUGUGAUUGUAUUUUUGGUGAGCUGUUCAAUGAACAGUUAUGUCAGAUUUGCCAUUGGGGUCUUAUGUAAUUUGGGCAAGCCUUUUUGCAAGUAAUUUUUAAUAUAGCAGAGAAAAAACCUCAAUAACAUGUAUAACAGGUAUAACAUGUGAUUUGAUUAAAUGUGCUUGUAAAAUAAGGAUGAAUAUUAUGAUCCUGAAUGUUUUUGUAAUAAACUCUACCCAAAUAUUGGUUAGGAUAUAUUUUUAUUUACAUCAUAAUACAUAAAGAAAAUACUCUAUGCUCUAUUUUUUUCAAAGUGUUUACUUUUUGAUUUAAGUUUAUGCUUAAGAAAUGGGAAAAUUUUUACUGCAGCAUAUUUGUAAAUUGUGCUUAUUUAUUAUUUUUCAGUUAAUAAAUUCUCCAAUAUUUUGAUUUUCUUAGAGUUUAUUGUUGGCAUAUAUAUUACUGUAUAAUGUAUAUAUUAAAUAAUUGUUAUUUAUGGUUACUAAUAAGAAAUUCAUAGCUAUUAAAAAUUACCACAAUUAAAAUGCUGACACUUUGCCCAGGCAAAGAGUUGCUGUGAUCUGAUAUAGAACUGUGAUAACCUAUAUAACCUUAUUUGUGUUUAUCUAAUUAUGUUUCUUAAUCUUGUUAUAAGUUUUAAUAAUUUAUGCAUAAAAUAUAAACUUUUCAUCGCUCAUUAUGUAUUGAUGGCUAAUCUGUACGAAACAAAUUAGGAUAAAUGUAUGCUACAUUUUAAAAGCCAAUUUCUAUGUUUCUACAUUGUUAUUAGAAUAUCAUCCAGUAAUCGGAUUGAAGAAACCUCUAAGAUAAAAACAUAUUGUAUUAUAUCUUAAAAUAGAUUGGUUAAAUGCUUAGAAAACGUUCCAGAAUUAUCUUGCAUGUAUGCUUUUUGAAAUAUUGUUUUCAAAGCGAUCUUCUCCAAAUGUUGGAAACAUACAACUACAACUUUUGUUAAAAUUUUGUAUUCUAGUCUACACUGUUCGUCAACACUUGUAUUGUAUAUAUGUCCUCGUGGGCUUAAAUGCCUUAUUGGAUUGAAAUAAACUGUCUGUCUGUCUGUCUAUAAAGGCUGGGUAUUCAUGAGCAUUUUAUAAGUUUUAUCUCACUGCAUAUUGUAUUUUAUACAUGUAUACAAUUGUGCAAGGCAUUCGUUGCAUAAUAAUGAACAUAUGUCAUGCCAACCUAGUAUAGCCAUGAUGUGCAUUUUGAAUAAACACUUUACUAUGAAAUAUAAAUGCGUAAUCUGUACACAUAAUAAAGGAAUAAAAAAUCUAA